AUGACAGCUCCGAGGCACGUCUGGGUUAUUCCAGAGACCAACGAGGUCUUCACGAAUUAUGAACCCUACCUGCAGCGGAUGGACUUUUAUAAGCAACGAAGAUUUAUAUGCGAAAUCACGGGUCAUUCGGGCUUGACUUUCUUCGAGGCCCUCAGAAGCGAGACGGAGGAAUCGAAGGAGGUCAACAGCGCUUUCCCCGACGCUCUGAAGGAGCCUAUACUGCGCAGAAUACAAUUUUCCACAGUGUCGCGGGUCGAUAACCUUGUGGACGAGGUCUUCGAAGAAUUCAAGCAAGAUUUCUACCCAGGAGAGCCCGUUUUGAUACUACUGGACGAUAACACGCGUCUCCACGGCAUCAUCCGAGACAAGGCAAACUUCGCGGAGCAGCUGAAUCACGAUGGGACGGUUAAAACUCCGGCGUACGCGACAUACCUCGUGAAGGUCCUUGACCGUCCGAACGAAGAAGCGCUUCUAGACCAGGAGCACAUCACCCGAGACCGCAAAACCUUCACCAAGCAGAUGUUACGCGCUUUCAUCAAGAACAACGUGACGCGGGAGUCUUGGAGCGGUGCCCCCUGGCUUGUGAAAUCCUCCAUCGCCGAAGAAUAUAGGAUAACAACCGAAGUGCCGAAGCAUUUACAGUAUGGAGCCAAGGUCGCCGAGAAGAAGGCCAUGAAGAAGGCAGAUCAGGAUGGAUUUUUCGGUUUCUUCGCCUCGCAGCAGCUGCCUGAAUUGAAACCAGCGGUAAAGGCCCCUAAAUCAAAGCCUUCGCCCAACGACAUGGCCCGCUCAAAGGAAGCACAGUUCCUCGAAUACCAGCGCUCUCUCAACGGCAACCCGACCUUCGUCGUCAGCAACAAGCCUCCCGGUGCUUCCCGUUCGUCAAAAUCUCAGGAGGCCGAAAAGAGGCCGCAAGCUGUGCCUGCCGUGGUCGUCAAAGCCGAGUCUCCUAGACCACCGUCUCCACCGCCGAUCAAGUACCCUAUUGAGGAUCUUGAUAUCGCACCAGACCGCGAAAAGAAGAAGCAGCGACCGCCCCUGCAGUUUGUUAACAUCGAUGAAACCGACGAGAUUGAGGAUGACGGUGAUCUGCUGUAUGACGAGCUCGAGAUGAAGUCGGUGAGGUUGCUUCUCGAGUCCUGGAAUACGCUCAAUGUGUAUUGCGAAGUCUUCCAGCUGGAUUCUUUUACUUUUGACGAUUUCUUCCAGGCAAUGCGAUUUACAUCGGAUGACGUGGACUGCGAACUAUUUGUUGAAACCCAUUGCGCCGUGCUGAAGAAACUGGUAAACGCCGAGAAAGAUGACGACGGUGCCGUGCAGAUCUCCCUCCCCGAUCUCCCCGACGAGGACUCGGAAGACUCUGACGCUGAGGACGAAGAAGGAGAAGAAGAAGAGGAGGAUGCCACUCCUGAGCCGGUUGUCACCAGGAUGACCACUCGCAGUAGUUUGGCCAAGGCUGAAGCGCUGAAUUUGAAAUCACAAGCGAACGGGAGUCGGUCAAACUCAGUAGAAGCUAAGGUGCACCGUGCCGACGAGCUUUUCGGAGAGUACUCUUGGAUUGAUCGUCUCCGGAAACGCGACUUCCGAAAUGGUGGGUGGGAGUUGGUUAUGGCGGGACUUUUGCACCGGCUGUCCAUGCGCCCGCGCAUGGAAAAAGUUUGUAACGAAAUUCUCAAGCAUCUGGCACCUCUUGAUGCCGAGCCAACCCAGGAGACGGUUCAACAGCAGUACUCUACCCUUGACGUCAACCUGCGCAUCCAGGGCCUUCAAAUCAUCUGCAUGCUCAGUCUGGAAACCAAAGCCAUUCGCAACUACUUGGAGGAAUGCAGCAACCAGAUGACAGAGUUUCGGAAAGAAAAGAUCGAGUACCAAAAGUCUCGCAAAGCAGCUCUCGAAGAACUUCGUCGAUUACACCAAGAACGCAAAGCCCUCCAGCCCGAACCCGAGAAAUCGCCCACGCCAGCACCCGAAUUGGAGGCGUUGGAAGACUCCAAGAUGACUGGCAUAGAUGGGGAAUCUGACCAGGGCGAUUCGGACGAGGACGACGGACCUAAACAACGGUCAUUGCGGGGAGGCAUGGACAGAAUUCUGGAACGGAAGAGAAAGCAGGAAGAGGAACGCGAGAGAAAGGAGCAAUUGGCCAAGCAGCCAAAGGGAUCCAAGCAGUACCAGAGAGUGCUUAAAAAGAUCGAAGAUCAAAAAGCGCAAGUCGCCAAGCUGGAAGAGAAGAUCGAUGUUGUUGACAACGACUUGAGGGAAGCCGACUGCCCACGCACGAGAUUACUCGGCAAGGACCGCUUUUGCAAUCGAUACUGGUGGUUUGAGCGAAAUGCGAUGCCUUACGGCGGAAUGCCCAACAGCUCAACGGCCGAGGCCGCAUACGCCAACGGUCGCCUAUGGGUCCAAGGCCCCGACGAGAUGGAACGCGUUGGCUUCAUCGACGUGACCGAUGAGCAGAAGAAGCAAUACCAGAAGGAUUUCCAGACCACGCCUGCGGAGCGUAGGAAGGCCGAGGAAGGCCCUACUCGACUUGCGAAUGCCGACGAAUGGGGUUUCUAUGACGAGCCGGAAGCGCUGGAGAAACUUAUCGACUGGCUGGAUACGCGAGGAAACCGCGAAUUGAAAUUGCGCAAGGAGCUGCAGCUGCAGCGGGGCCACAUCGCGAAGUAUAUGAACCGCCGCAAGGAGUACCUGGCGCAAACCGUAGAGAGGGCGGAGUCCGAGGAGGCGCCAGCCAAGCGGAUGACCACGAGAACCAAAACAUACGCGGGCGACAACCCCCAUCGUUGCCUCAAAUGGCACAACGUGACGGCGCUGUCGGAAAAUGGGCAUCUUCAUGUGGAUGCAUCUCGGCCGUCCAAGCGAGCGAAGCGAACCACCGAUGAACCGAAGGAGAUCAAGGCGACGAAUCGACAAGGCAAGCCGCUCACGAGGCAGGGAACGCGGUACAAUUUCUAG